AUGGCUGUCACGCUUGGCAAGAGGAAAAGAUAUGUGGAGAGUCGGGAAGAUGAGGCUGAGGUUGACUUGGAUGCUGAAGCUCGAGCGCUCUUCCAACGAGCGUUUGAAGCAAAAUUCAACGCCCUUGAAAAGCCAGUCGUGAUCAGCCAACCGGAAGUGGAAGAAGAUGAUAGCGAAGAACUUGACGGAGAAAGCGAAGGGUCAGACUGGGGUGGACUUUCAGAUGGUGGGGACGUAGCUGUUCAAGUGAUCGAUCAUGGUAUUAGCAGUGGGCCUGCGAAUGAGAUGACGAGGGACGAACUCCGAGCAUUUAUGUCAUCGAAGCCGCCGAGCGCAGCAAAGGUAGUCAAAUCGAGUAAGCUGCCAGCAAAUCCGAAAACAGCAGACAACGACGACGAUGAAGGAGAGGCGGGCAAUCUCAAGCACGACUUAGCACUACAGCGACUGCUCAAAGAAUCACAUCUACUGGACGCAUCUACAUUUUCAGGACCAUCAGCAGCACCAGAAGGCAAAAGUCGACUCAAAGCUCUGGACCUCCGGCUGAAAGAUCUGGGUGCCAAGAAAGAUGCAUCCGAGCAAGUCAAGAUGCCACUUUCACACCGAAGAGGCAUCGUUGCAAAGGCCACCUCGCGCGAAGCCUCUCGGAGGAAGAAUGCUACCGAGAAUGGCAUUAUUCUUGAGAAGGCAAAAAGUACUUUCAAAGCGCCGGCAAAACGGGAGCGAGCAGUGGCUGUGCCUUCUGUUGGUAAGUUUCGAGGCGGGACCUUAAAGCUCAGCGAGAGAGACGUGAAGUCCAUUGAAGGGCCGAAGAAGCGGGCGGGAGGCAAAGGGCGAAGGCGGUGA